AAUUAAAUGAUUAAUUACUGAAGUCCGGUUUUCAGCAUACGGAAGCCAAAGAUCGGUUCUUUGUCGCACAGCUUGUUUGAUAUUGAAACCUCAAAUCAUGGCAACUCGUGUCCCUAAGCCUGCUUACCCCGCCAAAGACAGCUCGGCGCUAUAUGGUGAUCGAGAGCUGUACGCACGACUUGGUAAAAUUGCUGAGGGGGAUGGCAAGACGGUAGUUCAGAGUUUUGAGAUCCCUAUUAGGAGUGGGAAAGCUUGGAUUGUUAGGAAAGGACAGCUCUGCACCCUCUCAACGCCGUACGGGCCUCAAGUAGGAGAUCUGAAUAUCUUCUCCCUCCAUAACCCCCGCGAGAGGUUCUGGGCUGCGCGGACCAGGCAGCUCAAUGCUUCACACGUCAGCGUCGGCGACCGCUUGUGGUCGAACUUGCCGUAUCUGAGGCCGCUGGCAACUAUUGUGAGUGAUAGCUUGAAGGGUUAUGGUCCGGAUGAGGUUGGGGGACGCUGUCAUGAUCUGCUUGGGACGAGAUGCGAUCCUUACGUAAAUAAAUUACUCAGCGGUGAUGACUUCGACUACCAAUGUCACUCAAACCUUGUGCGCGCUGUUCUGCCGUUCGGCCUCACCGAGGCAGAUGUCCACGAUGUGCUGAAUGUCUUUCAAGUGACAGGCUUGAAUCCAGAUGGGAAAUAUUUCAUGGAGCCGUCUCCGGCAAAACCUUCUGAUCACUUUACAUUCUUCGCUGAGACAGACCUGCUAUGCGCAAUGUCCGCGUGCCCUGGAGGGGACCUCUCAGUGCAUGGCUGGGGAGAGGAUGCAGCGCAAAGGAUGCUUGACACUUGCCGGCCCCUAGGGGUAGCGGUUUAUGAUAUCGUGGAGAGAGAAGAGGUCCUGAAAAGCUGGAUGGAAAGCGAAAGCCCAGGAUAUAAAGGCAUGCAUGGACUGAAGAUUCCCGUAUUUGGGGAAUAAGAAAAGAAGCAAGACAGCUCUCAUCAUGUCUCUUAUUACCUAUCUUCACCCUUUCCUGAAUAUCAUGCCCCAGCCUUCGACUUUCCCAACAUCAAGACCGCACUCUCUCAGCAUGUCCCAUAUAACCGUAGUAACCGUAUCAAAUACCGGUAUGCCGUACUUGUCCUCCCAGAACUCUGCUCUCUGUGCGGCAGCGAGGUUCGUGCAGAAAGUCGUAACCGCAUCGACCCCCC